AUGUCUUUUAUUCUAGAGUGCCCUACAUCGUCUCCUUCACAAAAUGUGAACUGGUACCCAUCAGAAUAUAAUGUGAGCUUCGGAAAAUAUGAAAACACCAACCAGUGGUAUUCAAAUUUAUCAUGGACCGUGAUGAACGGUAACAUUCUCAAUGUUAAUAAAUGAAUCGUUUAGAUUAUCCAGCCAAUUUGACAGGGACCAAAGAUGGCCUGUUUAAUUUCAAAAACGCGAGUUUCUUAACGUAGCCAAGAUAAAAAAAUUAAUAAUAAUAAUAAUAAUAAUAAUAAUAAUGAUAAUAAUAAUAAUAAUAAGUGUACAACAACUGCUUUUUCCCUUACCCUCCUUUACUUUCUUGAUCUCUAUUUUCCUCUUCUUUUCCUUCAAAAGGCAAAAGUUUAGAGAUAUCGGAUGCAAGAAAUGUGCCUUUUUGGCAUUAUGUAAAAAAAAAAAUGACUGCAAUUUCGGUACGAUUUGAACAAUUAUGCUAGGAUGCAUACUUUGAUUAUGAAGAUACACAACAAUCAUUUUCCGGUCCUCAAAGGUACAAAUUAAAAUAAACCAGUCAGAAAUGACGACAAAACACCAUAUAUUUAAGUUGAUCCUGGAAGGCCCCUGACUGAAAGGUCUUUGACACCAAUACCGCUUUGAAAAUAAAGUUUGGGUGCUUGGACCUUUAUGUGAUCACCUUAUCGGCAGAAACAGUAUAAGCAAAAGUGCGGCAAGUAAGUCCUAUAAGAGACUAUAAAAUACCCUUUCAGUCAAAGGUGACAGCCAAAUCAGUUUUUCAGAGUGCGAAUGGUGCGCGAGGCUGACAUACCCUUCGCAGUUUCGUUCUCUGCUUUCACCCUCCUUCCAGAAGCUGUUUUUAGCUCUCACACGGACGCGUAACUCUAACAUAUGAAACGCGCGGACUUGUGAAAGUUAACGUUGCAUGAAAGAUAUCGAGUUUUGCAAUAGUGAGUACCGAAUUUAACAUUUUUUGAAAUUGUUUCUUUUAGAUACGCACGGAAAUUGGACCGCUGUACUUGUUCGCUUUUCGGUCUCCCACAAAAGUGCUAUUGCGCCUGAGCUCAAGUGUUUUCUUUACCCAAAGGUAUGAACAGAAUGUGCUGCUUUUUGCAUUGCAUCAUUCCCUUCCUCCUAGUUUAAAGAUAUUAUUACCUGAAGCAUUAUUAGUAUAGGAGGCUGGCUGCGAAAGCCGGCCUUGGAAGGGCCAAAACAACGGUCUGCAGCUUAUGUUGGGAACUCUCUGACCGUGCACAAUUUUUAUCUUUCAUUCACACACCGUGACCGGAAACCUUUUUAUUGGUUGUUCCGACAUGGUCACGUGCUGCUGAAUUCAUUGUACGGUCAAGGUCAACAACAAGGUUCCCCCCAAAAAAUUAGAAAGGACUUUCUCCGUCUUCAUAACAAUUACACUUCAUCAACAAUGCCUGCAAGAAGCGAUCGACUUCAAAUAUUUCUGGAAAUACUUGGGUGUGUUAUUUUCCUAUAAAAUAACCAGCAAGCUUACUUCAAUGAAAUGAAGUUGCAGGACCUUCUGUUGUAAUAUGGGAUGACAUAGAAUCGUUAAUUUUAGACCAUGUCCCCAGGACCGAGGUCAGAACCCGCAAUGUCCUUUUUGUCCCAUUCACACGCCGCAAGUUUUUUAAAAAACAUAAUAUAUUAAGUUAAAGCUCUAGACUUAUAUUAGACUUUUUAGAUCUGAAAGCCGGCAUUAAAGAAGACUUCUACGUAUUACAUCAGGGGUCAUACAAAAGACCAAAAUUUCCGACAGAUCGAAGUUUCUUAAAACGUCACAAGAUAAUUAAACAGCGAAAUUAAGAUAAAUGAAUGAAAUAUUUAUUUCUUUUUUGUUUGACCUAAUUCAUUUUAGAACCAGACCGACCUCACACUGAAUAUUUCUGCGUAUGGCUUCAGAUAUCCAGACUAUUUAUUCCUAUUACAGGUGAGCAUCUAGAGUUGCUAAGCAAGCGAAGCGAGUUUUCCGUAGGCAUCGAAGCGAGCGACGAAGUCGCAAGAGGUCCGUUGUCAUAUUAAAUGGGACGAAGGACUUUUUUGAAAGUCUAGUGAGCAUCGAGACUAACAGAUUAAUCAGCUGCUUUGACCUGAGUAACUGAUUGGUAAAUUGGUAAAGUUUGCUCAGCAACUAUCGAAACCAAAUCUUGAAUAUGAGCUCGAAAGUGACGGCUAAGUCAUUUUCCUUUUCCGAAGAAACAUAUAUCAUAUGAUGAUGGAAACCAGAAUAUAUUAAUUAAUUUCAAACUUUUGAGACGUGGAAGAAGUGGUAUAGCUUAAUCGCGACCAUCAACACUUUAGGGCAUAAUAAUAAUAAUAAUAUUUAGUACUUAUAUUGCGUUUUUUCUAUAAAAAUACUCAAAAGCGCAUUACAAUAUUAUUAAUAACUAAAUUAAAAACCAGUAAAAUUACAAUAAUAAAAAAAAUAAAUAAAUAAAUAAUCUAACUAAAAGCCUUUUUAAAUAAACAUGUUUUAACAGAGCGUUUAAAAGAGUCGAUUGGGCAUGUGAGGGAGAUCGAAGCAAAUCGAACUGAACGGUUUUUUCUCUAAUAAUUUUCUUUUCCUUUUUACGUUCACUUUUUUUUUAAGUGUUUGUGCCUUUGUUCUGAGUACCUACAUGUGCAUUAGCUUUCAAUUCUUUAGUUUAAUAUGUUUCUUUCGUGCCACUUGUACUGCUAAUGUAAUAGAGCACCGUUCUUUUUGCCACUUUCUGUAACUUAUAUAUAUAAAGAAUCCUACAGAGGCUAAAUAGAAUUUCUUCGGCAGUGUAGAAAGUGUGGCUGUAGUGUGCUAAGUAUUUUCAAAAAGUGUGUGAGUUUAUCUUUUGAUUAGUUUUACGAAAUCCCUGCAAAUAGAAAAAGUAAAUUAUGCUUUAUGGGACUUUUAUCAAUUUAAGUUAACAUUUCCUCUCCGGUUGUUACCACUGAAAGUUCAAGACCUGGAUCUCUUUUCAGAUUUCAGGUUUCCCUUUUACUCAGGAUGCACUGUCAAUUAUGGAGACAUACGAACCUAACUUGUCGACCACAAGUAAGUGUAUCUUGUAUUUAAGUGGGAAGGGGUUUAUAGUUAUUAGCAAUACUGCAACUACACUUGCUCUAUGUAAAGAAGCAAAUGAUCGUACUAUUUCGAAUUCGUAAUUAUUAUUGCUGAUGAAUUUGUUUUUCUCACAUGCUUGCGAUAAAAAAAGUCCUAGGACCUUGGGAUUUCACAUCAAAUAUCACAAUUCACUCAACACUCACAAAUGCGUCAUCCUCGAAAAAAUCAAGCAUCACUGUAAGGAGAAGGCUAUGCCGCUUUUUCAGGAACGUGGCAGACUUCUAGAAAAAGAAAUUACUGUUCUUGAACCCUCUGACGCACGUACCAAGUCUUUUCAUUCAGAUGUUCAGUUUUUCCUCAGAGACAUUUUGGCAAACUUUAUUGACAGUCGAGUUCUAUAGUUACAAAAUAUGACAUCCUUAAUUUCAGGAACUGUGGGUCUAUAGCAGUAUUUUUCUAAUGAACAAAUAACCGUACGACCACUGAUAUCAAAUAUCUACUGUCCUGACUGAGCACUGUCUUUCAAACCGAGUUAUCUACUCAGCACACUGGCCUCCUACUAAAUAAACUAAUCCACUAGUGGCACCACUUUCCGCAAAAGGAAAAUAAAUAAAAAAUGUUGACCGAUAUUAAGACAUUCUGGGCAGUUUUCACUGGUCUCUCAUAACUGUUUGCGAUCCAAAAUGUAAGUAACUCUUGGUGUGAAAAUGGGUGAAAAGUGCACUCGUUUCACUUAAAAGUGGAGAAGGAAACAAGUCGGAGUUCAGUUAAACACCUAUUUUUUUUACUAAGUUACAAAUAUACAAAAAAACCUAGUACGUAAUGUAAACUCUAAUUUCAUGGAUUAUCCAGGCCUUUAGAUUAAUGUUUAAUUAUUGAGUCGAAUUGAGUAACAAAUGAAUUCAAUCAGUAGCUUUGAGAAUUCUAUGAUGUUCUUAUUACAAUGUAUUUUAAUACAUAUCAAUGUUUUUACUAUAAUUGUGUUUUCAUUUUUAUUAUUUUAUCCUUAUUUUAUUAGUAGCGACACAUCCUCCAGGUUCAUCUACCAAAGAAAAAACUGGUAAGUUUAAAGUACGUUUGAUAAGAGUAAUAAGAGUAACGUUAAAGAUGUUAUCACUCCAAGAAUAUGUUGCUUAGUAACUUGAUCAAUUCGCUAAGCUUUUGUUCUUUAUGUCUUCAUGCCAACGCUCAACUCCCAUGCACAAACGUCAAACAGGUGUCACAAGAGUCGACAGAGCAUUCGAAUCAUUACGACUCAAAUAAUGACGAUCAUCCUCUUCGUUUCUAUCUCUGUCAUCAUCAUCAUCAUCAUCAUCAUCAUCAGGGCACGAACUGUAACGUCCUCUUCAUUUGCGUUAUUGCAUAUAUACAUAUAUAUAUAUACACAUAUCAAAGGGGAGAUAUGCAAAUUGUGGGGGUGUGUUCGAGCAACUCUCUCGCUACAAGGUGAGGCACCAGGAAUGUGAUUUUCAUCUUGGCCUUUAUUCUUCAUUUGAUUGCUAAAAUCCGCAAGUACUUAAGCCAAGAUACAUGUGAAAUCUUAGUCCAUGCAUUUAUUACAAUCUUAAUCUUCCUACAUGGCCUCCUAAGUAUCUUCUAACUCUUUUCUGCAGCUCGUGUUUUCUGACACCCUUAACCCUAUUUUAAUUAAUCUUCAUUGGUUAAUUUUUUGAAUAAUUUUAAACUUUUAGUUCAAGGCCCUUAUAGUAGCUGGUUUUAUUUUAACCAGACUCUAGGUCUGGACAUGUUUGUGGUUAACAGAUUGAAAACAUAUGGAGACCUUCAUUGCAGGUAAAUUGAAUAUCUUAUCGCUUUUGACAUUAAAACAGGUUUGCCAAAGAAUUGUUGGAAUAGAUGUUUUUAUUUAUAUAGUACGCACAGCCGCUAUAUUUGAAUUAUAUUGUAUAUUGUAGAUAUUUUAUAAUUUAGAUUUUUAUAUUCUAUUUUACCAAAGAACCAAGGAUUUCAGCUAAAUGUAACAUUACAUAUCUUAUCACGACUGUGCCAAAAACUAACAUCUGACAAUGCCAAGCGAAUAACAUUCCUAAUAUGGCAAUAAGUAAAUUCGCGAGCUAAGCAUAAAUCCAAGUACAAGUAAAAACAAAAGAUCAAAACACAAAAACAGUACGUAGACAAAAACAAGACUUAAUGAAACAAAAACUAAACUUAAAAGACAAGAUAGAUCCGUCUUAACAUUAACUUUCAAAAUGCUUCACAACAAUAUUGUCGAGUUCUACCUCACUAGUGAAAUAUUUCCUGGUUAUUGCCUAGGUAAUAUCUUGAUCUUUUUCUCUCUACCCCCAUCACCUCUCAGCAUCUUACCCUUCAUUCAAGUCAUGAUCAGUUUUUAGUGACAAGUUCUGUGAUGUCACUAUAUGUUUCAACCUCUUAUCAUUAUAUUAACUCGUUUGUUUGGCAGCAACGUACCCUCCAAGAUCUACAUUCUUUUCGAAAUAUGGUAACCUUACAUAAUUUUUAAGGGCCUUUUUCAUUUCAGUAACUUAUUACAUCACACACUAACAAACAAAAACAAAAAAGGACUUAUUAUUACUUACUUGCGAUCUUCGAAAAGGCCCCGGUUUAAUAUUCUAGUACAGUUAUUUGAUGAGGCGGAUUGUGAUGUGAAGACUUAAUAUGUGUAGCAGAUCGAGAAGAGAGCAGUCCUGUAGAUUGUACGUACAUACUUGUUUAUAUCAUGCAUACGCAAGCCAGAUUCAAAUAAAGGUUACAUAUAUCUUUUAAACAUUCAAUCUCUUAAGACAUUUGCCCGUUCUUUGGCAGUUUCAUGAGAUGAUAUGAACCAAUAUCCUUUCAGAUGUUCUUCAAAAAGCCGUUAGUGCACAAGGCAUUCUUGCGAGCCUUUAGAAUCAUUAAUUCACUAAGUACUCUCGUUUUAAAUCUGCAGCUCAGUAUUUUAGAAAGCUCCAUAUUGCAAAAAGGCUGAGCAGGCACCGCUCCGCUAUCGUUCAGUGUCGUCAAUCGUCCAAUAAUUUUUCUUAUUGUUGUUUUACGACUGACGUUAAACGUAAAAUACUCAACCACCUUAAAUCAGUACAUCCAGCUAUGAAGAACAGGGAAAUGAUUUCGACUUAUAAACAGCCUUUUGGGGCAGUUUACUCUGAAGCUGGUAUGUCUUAUUAAUUCUAAUUUCAUUAUAACACUACAAGAGAUCAAUGUACAAUACUAACAUAUGAUAUUCUGUUUAUGUUUAGUAUUUACUACCCCUCCAAGUUUUUCCACCAAGCAUCCACAAGGUCCCACAACUAAGGAGAAAGGUAAGCUUAAGGAGUAGGCAAUAUGCUUGUCCUGUUAGCUAAUAGCCAAUCGAUGAAUGUCAUUAGCUAUUAUUAAACGGGUAGAAAUUUUGAUCCAAAAAGAGUAGAAAACGGUUUUCAGUUAAACCAAUUAUUAAGGAACUAAAGGUAAAUAUGUUGCGGGAAAGCAAAGAACAGAAAGGAAAGGAAACAGAUUGAAAAAGAAGGGCGCCCUGCCUGGGAAACAAAACUGUAAUCUCUACAACGGCAUUGCUUUAAUUGUGUAUGAAGAUUCAUCCACUGUUUGUGCAAGCAACACGUGUUUGCCAAACUGUUCACAAAUUGAUCGGUGGAGCAUAUUGUCUUAAUCUGUUUUACCUGAUAUCUUAACAUUUUCGAUACGCAGAUCCAAAUAACACCACAGUCGUCUAUGCCGUAUCGAUUUCGUUAGGCAUCGCGGUCGGAAUGGUCCUUGUAUGUCUUGUCAUUUCACUCAAGUAUUCUUGUCUGCGCCAAAGGAAGACCAUUUUGUUGCCCGAAGGUUUGUACAAGAUUUCAAGAGAGCGAAGAACGGGAGGAGGUAGCGUAGCCGAGUGGUUAGAGCCCUGGACUUGCAAUUCGGAGGCCCCAAGUUCAAGUCCCGCUUUGGCCGCUAGUUGGGUCUCGAGUUCAAAUCCUCGGCCACGCUUGUAAAUAGCCAGCUGGUUGGCCUCCGGCCAGUUGGUAUUCUUAACCCUGUUAAGUUGGAUUUAGAUUAUUUGUUUCAGGCAUCUGCUCAUUAGUGCUAUGAAUAUUUUAUUUAUUUAUUUUAUUGAUUCUUAAUCAUGCUUUCACCGCCCAGCUUGCCAAAUUUUCCCCUUGUAGAAUCCCGAAAAAUUGCAAGUGUUUCAAUUUUAAUAGUAUUACCCUUUUGGAUGGCAAAUGAGGAGGAUUUUGUCCAUUACAUGUAUCCAAUAAAUUAACGUUAUGCUUGGGGAGAGAAAGGGUUUAAGUAAAAUGGGAUUUUUUUUCUUUUUACCCAAUGAUACCUCACGUAUUUCCGUGUGCCUGUUUAUAGCCAAUUAAGGGAGCGUAGCAGACGAAAACAUAUUAAAUCAGAUGCUUUAAGUGCCUUAUAAAGGUGUGUUACUGUUAAGCUGAUCGUUAACUCUUAUCGCCGGAAUGUUUUUAAAAAUGAGCUAAGCUUAAUAGAGGGUCAUGGUAUAUAGGUUCCAGACCUUACAAACCCUAAAGCAUGCAAAUCUGAAGUGAUUGAAUAAAAAGUCCCCCAAAACCUGGAGAUUUCCAAAAUAUGUGUCACAUAAAACCAAGAGGGCAGAUAAUAAUUUUUGUCAUGGUAUUCCGACUUUAUUGGUGGCCUUUGUUGUACUCUCCUGUUGCUCUUUUGGUAGCGAUGAGAGUAGUAUGAUAGGGACCGAAUUAUCCUUUUUUUGGGGGAGAACCCAUUAACACCGAUGACGUCAUAGCCUUUUGUCUUAAUGUCAUGAAUAAAAUGCGGAGGAAUCUCAUUAAGAUGUGGUCAUGUGUUACUCUUUUAGUGAUUUAACCGGUCUGACAGGUUUUCUAGUUAUUUCAAGAACGAUAAAUGUUUUGGUUUUCGAUUGGUUAAUCGGAAAACACGAAACGUUCUCAUUGGUUAAUUCAUGGUGUGCAAGGAAUAAACGUCGAUGACAUGGGGUCGGUGUGGGGUCGGUGUGAGGCCGGCCGAUGUGGGGUCAAAGCGGGGUCAAUGUUGGGUCCAUGUAAGGCCGAUAUAGAGUCGAUGUGAGGUCGAUGUGGGGUCGGUGUAAGGUCGAUGUAAGGUCGAUGUAGGGUCGAUAUGGGGUUCGAUGUGUGGUCGAUGUGAGGUCGAUGUGGGGUCGAUGUAGAGUCGAUGUGGGGUCGAUAUAGGGUCGAUGUAAGGUCGAUGUGGGGUCGGUGUAAGGUCGAUGCAGAGUGGAUGUGGGGUCGACGUGGGGCCGGUGUAAGGUCGAUGCAGAGUGGAAGUGGGGUCGAUGUGAUGGAGGGUAAAUAAAAAAUAAAAAAAUCGCUCUAAAAAGAAGUGGUUUGCUUUCGCCCUCAUUAAUAUGCACAAUUUGCGCCCCAAGAAUAAUGGAACCGGAAAGAGGACAGUGUCAGUGGCAGAAAAUUACGUUACAGCUAAGUGAUUUGAGGUCAUAGGAGAGCUACCGCUCAUUCCUUCAAUAAACGACAAUCAUACUUUUACUUCCGGUUCCAGCAAGCCUUGGCAGGUCCUUUGUUUCUAUUAUAUUAAGAAUACAAAGAAUGUGAGAAUGAGAUUCCUCCGCACUUUUUUAGCACAUGACCUUAUCUUACGAGAUUCCGCCGAAUUUUAUUACCGACAUAAGGCCAAAAGGCCAUGACGCCAUCGGCGUUAAUACAUUCCACCGCACGAUAAUAAGAUUCAACCGCAAGAAAGAGGACUAAAACAUCCCUACCAUACUACUGAUGAGAAGAUUCUGUUUCACUAUCCACGUCGAUAGGACGGGGAGUAGCCAUUUUGAGAUUGCAGUAAGGCUUUCCAAUAGACCUUAGGGAAUCUAAGUUUUACGGGAAUCAACCCAGGAAUCAUGUUUCCCCCAACAAUUAGAUUGAUAUACAUAAUGAAAAGAGAUUUUUAAAAAAUACGCGAUUCCUACCGGAAAUGUUCGUCAAUUUCAAGAUUUUCUAAUUCACCGUGAGAUUUGUAGGCCAAAUCGUGAGACCGUGAGUUGAAAGCCCAAACCAUGAGUCUUACGGUCAAACCGCGAGAGUUGGAAGGUCGCUGAAACGCUCACAUUAAGUACGUUGUGUAAUAAUUCCAUAAAACAGCCAGAUGUCUGCAAACGUCAAUGACAAGGUUGUUGUCAUAAGGAAAACCCCUACAAACAGUUGGCAGUUCUCCCUUGGAAACGAUUAGCAUUGAGGUGUGGUUGUAACACAGUAAAUCAAUCCAGAUCUAUUGAAUUAUUUAUUUUUCUGUUUAUCACUUUAGAAUUUGAGUACCACGCUUUUAUAAUUUACAACAAAGAAGAUUCAUCGUGGGUGGUGCGGAAGCUUCUUCCCCUCCUGGAAGACAAGCAUCAUUUGAAGUGCUGCGUACAUUACAGAGACUUUGAACCUGGAAAGCCUUUCCAUGAUAUAAUGGCAGAAACUGUUUACAAGAGUUACAAAAUCAUAGCAGUGUUGUCAAGUAAUUUCUUGAAGAGCAACUAUUGCAACUACGAAUUAAACCUCGCUAAGUAUCGCCUUGUGCAUAGGGCGGAUAACAGUUUGAUUAUGAUAAGAAUUGAUGACGCAGAUAGCAAAAAACUUCCCCGGACACUUCGCAAGCGAAAUUUUAUCGACUACUGUAAUGUCCUAGAGAGACCGUUUUGGGAAGAAAAACUGCUAAGGUUUCUCAAUGUUCAAAACGAGGAUGGCGAUAAUCGAUCCGCAAUUGCAGUACAGAACCAAGAUGUCGACAACAAUGAAGCUGAAGGUUCUGCCUUUCCGUCUUUCAACUCGAUUGAACUGAGAAAGAAUUUCAACAGGCUCAACAGCACGACUAGUAAUAACACAGAAGUCUCCCUUGUUAGUCUGCCAAAUGAAGAACUGAACCUGGAAGUCUAA